GAAGUGGAUGAUGUGUAUUUUGUACACAACGGUACUGACGCCGACAAGAAGUCGUUAAUUUAGUCUGUAGUCUCAGUUUAAAGCCGCAGUCAGGUGACAGGGAACCGAGCUACGAGCUGUAAAAGUUGGGCACUUGAAUUGAACUUCCUCGGCGGUGUCGGUGACUCCCAGCUGUCAUGUUGGCCGUGCUGUCCAUCCUGACAGCCGACCUCCAGCUCUCCUAGCUGGGGUGUACAUACAUGGGGGACCGUAUCAGCGAAAGAUGGAGAAUUUAACCUGGCAUUAUCAUGGCUGCUGUGACGGUGUGGCGUUACACCAGCGGCCGGGUCCUCGGAGGAUGGGGCCCGCUGCUUUGUGUCUUCCUCGGCUCUCUGGUGGCCCUCCUGAUGCCCCUGGUCGGUGUGGAGAACGAGUGCUGCGCCGCCCUGAAGGGUAUCGCUCAGCUCCGCUGCCAGCUGUGGGGGAGCUCUCCGCAGCCUCCAACCGUGCAGUCCACCAGCCUCACCGUCCCCUUCACCGCCCUUGAUCUGCUGCCUCAGAGGUCCAAGCCCAGCAAAGAGAUGGUGCUGGAGGCCAAAGCAGCACUGCAGCAGGCUCUGGAGAUGAAGAAAAUGGGGAAGAGGGAGAAGGCUCACAAGCUGCUGGUGCAUGCUCUGAGCAUAAACCCUGACUUUGUGGAUGCCCUGACGGAGCUGGGGACCAUUCUGGAGGAGGAGAAGGAUGUUGUCCAGGCAGAUCACCUCUACACCAAGGCCUUGGCCAUCUCCCCGUGUAAUGAGCGGGCUCUGGUCAGCCGAGACAGAACUCUUCCCCUGGUGGAAGAGAUCGACCAGCGUUACUUUGGCAUCAUUGACAGUAAAGUGCGCAGGCUUAUGUCCAUUCCUAAGGGCAACUCUGCACUCCGCCGAGUGAUGGAAGAAACCUACUACCACCACAUCUACCACACAGUGGCCAUUGAAGGCAGCACGCUCACUCUGUCUGAAAUCCGCCACAUCAUUGAAACCCGCUACGCCGUCCCUGGGAAGAGUCUGCAGGAGCAGAACGAGGCCAUCGGCGUGGAUGCGGCCAUGAAGUACAUCAACACCACGCUUUUGUCCAGAUCGGGAGCCAUCACUGUUAGUGACAUCCUGGAGAUUCACCGGCGGGUGCUCGGCUAUGUGGACCCCGUGGAGGGAGGGAGGCUGCGCACCAGCCAGGUGUUUGUGGGUCACCACAUCCCGCCCCACCCUCAGGACCUGCAGAGACACAUGCAGGAGCUGGUUCAGUGGCUCAACUCUGACGAGGCCCUGCAGCUGCACCCUGUGGAGUAUGCAGCUCUCGCCCAUUACAAACUGGUGUAUGUGCACCCAUUUGUAGACGGCAACGGACGCACGUCACGCCUGCUCAUGAACCUUGUUCUCAUGCAAGCUCGAUACCCACCGAUCACAAUUCGCAAGGAACAAAGGGCUGAAUAUUAUGCAGCUCUAGACACAGCAAAUGAGGGUGAUGUGAGGCCUUUCAUUCGCUUUAUAGCCAAAUGUACAGAGAUAACAUUGGACACAUUGUUGAUUUCUACAACAGAGCACGCCGUGGGGCUGCCAGGCGCCAGCCAGGACCAGGCCUGUCCUGACUGCAAACAGACCAUCCCAAUCCACAACUGAGCUGGAGACAGGAGAGGAAAAGAAGCAUGAGACACUAGCAUGCAGAGAUAACCUCAGAGAUAACAACAAUAUUGUUGUAAAAUGUGUUGAAUUGCUUUGCAACUGGGUGGUCAUGUCCCAACUUACUGUCCCUGUGCCUCAGUUUGGGUUCUGUACCUGCUGAAUUCACUGAAACUGCUGCAGGAUGUUGAAUUGAAAUCUGAUUUUGGUUUGUUUAGGUUUGCUCUUUUUUCCCGCACAGUGAAAAGCCCCCCCACCACACACACACACACACACACACAUUUUAGUUUGUAACCAUAGUCCAGUUGAAGUCUAAUGCAUUUUGAUCCCCAUCAGAAUCCAAUCUUAAGUUUGACUACUGCUGAUGUGAGGAAACACAGCUUUCUUACCAUGUCAUUUGACUUGCGAUGCAUCAGUGAUUUCCACUGCAAAUGUGUAGUGUCUGAACAUUCGGUUCACCAUCUUUGGCAUGAAGAUGAUGUCUUGUAACACUGUAAAGCACUUUCAUAUAUUUUAUUUAUUUUAUUUUAAAAUAAAAGAGUUGUAUUAACUUUCAUUAUGUCUUUAGAUUAUAAGCUUUUAGAAUGAACAACGCUGUGGGUGUCAGUGGGAUCCAUUAUGAUUUAC